AUGUCGAUUCAAACAAAUGAUCCUAAUGAGGGCUCUGAUUCGUUAAAGUCGCUAUCAUUGAUUGCGGCACAUUCUCACAUUACGGGAUUGGGUCUUGAUGAAAAUUUACAGCCUCAAGAAACGUCUCAAGGUAUGGUUGGUCAAUUGCAAGCUCGUCGUGCAGCUGGUGUGGUUUUGAAAAUGGUACAAAACGGUACUAUUGCAGGUAGAACGAUUUUAGUUGCAGGCCCACCAUCUACAGGUAAGACAGCACUUGCAAUGGGUAUUUCACAAUCCUUGGGUGAAGAUGUACCUUUUACUACAAUUGCGGGGUCCGAAAUAUUUUCGUUAGAACUAAGUAAGACUGAAGCCUUAACUCAAGCUUUUAGAAAAUGUAUCGGUAUCAAAAUCAAGGAAGAAACAGAAUUGAUCGAGGGUGAAGUUGUAGAGAUUCAAAUUGAUAGAUCGAUUACAGGUGGUCACAAACAAGGAAAGUUAACAAUCAAGACAACUGAUAUGGAGACUAUUUAUGAGUUGGGCAAUAAGAUGAUAGAUGGUUUGACUAAAGAAAAAGUGUUGGCAGGAGAUGUGAUUUCGAUAGAUAAAGCCAGUGGUAAAAUUACCAAAUUAGGUAGAUCAUUUGCCAGAUCCAGAGACUAUGAUGCGAUGGGUGCCGAUACAAGAUUUGUGCAAUGUCCGGAAGGCGAAUUACAAAAGAGAAAAACGGUGGUUCACACCGUGUCUUUGCACGAGAUUGACGUUAUCAACUCAAGAACUCAGGGAUUCUUAGCUUUAUUCACCGGUGACACAGGAGAAAUUAGAUCAGAAGUCAGAGAUCAAAUUAAUACAAAAGUCGCUGAAUGGAAAGAAGAAGGUAAAGCAGAAAUAGUUCCAGGUGUUUUAUUCAUUGAUGAAGUCCAUAUGUUGGAUAUUGAAUGUUUCUCUUUCAUAAACAGAGCCCUUGAGGACGAAUUUGCUCCAAUUAUUAUAAUGGCUACUAACAGGGGUAUAUCAAGAACAAGGGGUACGAAUUAUAAAUCGCCUCAUGGAUUACCAUUAGAUCUUUUAGAUAGAUCUAUCAUUAUAGCUACGAGCAAUUAUAAUGAGCAUGAGGUUAAAACUAUUUUGUCAAUAAGAUCGAAGGAAGAGGAAGUCGAAUUGACUAAUGAUGCUCUAGAUCUAUUGACUAAAAUAGGUAUGGAAACAAGUUUACGUUACAGUAGUAAUUUAAUCUCAGUUUCACUGCAUAUUGCACUGAAGAGAAAGAGCAAUAUUGUAGAUGUCGCAGAUGUUAAAAGGGCAUAUUUGUUGUUCUGUGAUAGUUCCAGAUCCGUUAAAUAUAUUCAAGAAAACGUUUCACAAUAUAUCGAUGAUGGCGGUAACGUGGUUAUUUCCACUGUCACAAAAAAGACGUCAGUUGUAGCAAAUAAUGGCAAUAACGAUGCCAUGGAUACUACAGAAUAA